AGAUAGAUAACACCCACACUCAUAGCUCAGUCUCCUGCCAAUGCCAAGCUGCUCACCAACACCACCCACUCAUUACCUCAAACAUUCCGUUCCAUACUUUUAACGGAGCAAACAGAACAGAACCACAUCAUCAUGAAUACAGAAACCCCAAACUACCCCUCGCCGGAGUUCCAAUCGGAAAACCCAGACCACGUCCUCGAAAUUGUCCUCGAAACCGUCCUCCACUUCCUCACCUCCCGCCGCGACCGUAACGCCGCCUCAUUAGUCUGCAAAUCAUGGUACCGCACGGAAGCUCUCACCAGAUCCGACCUCUUCAUCGGAAAUUGCUACUCCGUCUCCCCCCGCCGUGCUACAUCCCGGUUCAGCCGCAUCCGGUCCGUCACCAUCAAAGGCAAACCGCGGUUCGCUGAUUUCGAUAUGAUGCCGGUUGAUUGGGGGGCCCACUUCUCUCCGUGGGUCACUACUUUCGCUGCUGCAUACCCAUGGCUUGAGAAGUUUCAUCUUAAGCGAAUGUCUGUUACUGAUGAUGAUCUUUCUCUUCUUGCUGAUUCGUUUGUGGGUUUCAAAGAACUUGUUCUUGUUUGUUGUGAAGGUUUUGGAACUCCUGGUCUCGCUGCCGUUGCCAGCAAGUGUAGAUUUCUGAGAGUGCUUGAUCUUGAGGAAUCUAUGGUUGAUGUUAAUGUUAGCGACUAUGAUGGAAUACUUGAUUGGAUAUCAUGUUUUCCAGAGGGUGAAACCCAUUUGGAAUCUCUUGGUUUUGACUGCGUUGACUCGCCAAUUAAUUUUGAGUCGUUGGAGAGGUUGGUUGCUAGGUCUCCUUCACUGAAGAGGCUGAGAUUGAAUCGACACAUUAAAUUAUCUCAACUAUACCGCUUGAUGUAUAAAGCACCACAUCUAACGCAUCUUGGAACGGGUUCUUUUGUUGUACCAGAAGAUACUAUGAAUGUUGUUGGGGAUGAUGAGCUAAUUUACGAGACUCCAUUUGCGGCUUCCAAGUCCUUAGUUUCUUUAUCUGGAUUCAGGGAUACUUUGCCUGAGUACCUCCCUGCCAUUUAUCCUGUUUGUGCUAAUCUCACAUCAUUGAAUUUCAGUUAUGCUGAUAUUGAUACAGAUCAAAUCAAAUCGAUUGUUUCUCGUUGUCAUAAACUACAGACCCUUUGGGUCCUUGAUGCAAUAUUCGAUGAGGGUCUUCAGGUAGUAGCUGAAACUUGCAAAGAUUUGCGCGAGCUUCGUGUUUUCCCCCUUCAUGCAAGGGAGGGAGUAGAAGGUCCGGUUUCUGAGGUAGGAUUUGAAGCGAUUUCUCAAGGCUGUAGGAAAUUACAGUCCAUUUUGUUUUUCUGUACAAGAAUGACAAAUGCUGCCGUGGUAGCUAUGUCACAUAAUUGCCCUGAUCUUGUGGUGUUUAGAUUAUGUAUAAUUGGGCAAUAUAGGCCAGAUGCUUUGACUCAACAACCCAUGGAUGAGGGUUUUGGUGCUAUUGUUAUGAAUUGUAAGAAGCUCACUCGACUUGCCGUGUCUGGUUUAUUGACUGAUCUAGCUUUUUGUUACAUUGGGUUGUAUGGGAAGAUGAUUAGGACACUAUCAGUUGCAUUUGCUGGAGACACCGACUCUGGGCUCAAGUAUGUUCUAGAUGGAUGUUAUAAUCUGCAAAAGCUUGAAAUCAGGGAUAGUCCAUUUGGGGAUGGAGCUUUGCGUUCUGGUUUGCAUCAUUUUUACAACAUGAGGUUUCUCUGGAUGUCUUCCUGUAAAUUGACACGCCAAGCUUGCCAAGAAGUUGCACGAACACUGCCCCGUCUCGUAUUGGAAGUCAUCAAUACUGAUGAAGACACAGUUGAUGAUUUCGAUAUACUUUAUAUGUACCGGUCUCUUGAUAAGCCAAGGAGUGAUGCUCCAAAAGUUGUCACCAUCCUUAAUUAGUUUUCCAAAAUUCAACAAGCCAAGAAGUGAUGCUUCAAAAGUUGUUACCAUCCUUCAUUAGUUUUUGAAAAUUCAACAAUUUGUUAGCUUUGUCCUGUAAAAUGACCAGUUGAUUUCUUGACCAGAGAUACUAUUCUGGAGUCUGCAUAAUGGAAGAGGGUGUGGUGGGAAUUGAUAAAUGGGGAGGGUCGCCCUAGAUGAUGCAGCAGAAGAAUGAAAUCCUGGAGACAUUGGACCAUUCAGUGUUGUAUAAUUGUAGUUAAAAUGAAUGUCUUUUUUCUUUUUAUUCAUUUCAUCAUGAAGAAACCAUGAGAGUUGAGGAUUGUAGAGAAUUAGAUUGCUCAAGCUGUGCUCUGUGUCUGAGGAUUAGUUAGUAAGCAUUAUUGGUCUCGUUGUGGUUGGGCAAGUAGAUGGUCUAUUGAGGAUUAGAUUCAGAGCUGAAGCAUUGGAGAGUGACAACAUUCUUCUACUUCUCAACCAUACCAGCAGAAAUGCAAAAUUAUUCACUUCUAAAUUAAGGAAUUGGCCUGUGUAUUUUGAUUCAGAUGAUACUUAGAUUAAGCUGUAUGAGGUUUGAAUCAAAUCACAGAAUUAGCAUCUGUCUCCCAAUCUCUUACAGAAAAUGUGUUGUUGUAGCGUAUCAUUUUUGACUUUAUUGUAGCAAUUGUGGCAGGGUUAAUAAAUGCCAAUUUAUGGGACUGUAUCUAUGCACUUGUUGUGAUUGUAGAAUGAUCAAUUAAUUCAGAUGGUUCGUUAAUUAUAUGCGUGAAAA